AUGACGUCCCCUCCAGUAGUUCGACAGGCAUCAUCUAAGGAUGUUCCCCAAAUCCUGACCUUUAUUCGCGAUGGCGGAGAAGAGCAAUCUCCGGGAAAUAAUAUAGCUGCGACAGAGGAGAUGCUGUUAAAUACACUGUAUCUCUCUGAUGUGUCAGAUAAUAAGCCUCGCUUCGGCAGACCACUUCUCAUCUUCUCACCCGAUGGGAAACCUGCGGGACUUUUGAUAUACUUUUUCAACUAUACCACAUGGUCAGCUGCACCUGGAGCCUGGAUGGAGGAGAUUUACGUCGUUCCUGAAUACAGACGGCAUGGAUAUGCCCGAUUGCUUGUACAGGCGUUAGCAGCUAUCGCUAAAGAGGCUGGUUGUAUCAAGAUGGAAUGGCUUUGUCUUCGAGACAACGCGAAAGCCUUGAGGUUCUACGAGAAGUUGGGAGCAGUGCAGAAGGAUGAUUGGACUGUGCUAAAGGUUGACGAGGAUGGCAUUGGUCGAUUGCUGCGGGAUGUUUGA